CUUUUGUUUCAAGUUCAAGGGGCAAAUUGAACCUUUACGAGAUAUAUAUAGUUAUAUACUUAUCCUUAAACACGGAUAUAGCGACACUAGUAUCCAAACAGUAUAAAUAUUUCCAGUCCUUUCCGUUAAAAUUUAAUUUUUUUACUUUGAACCAAAUUUCAAUCGCCGAAGAACAGAGCCGCGCUAAAACGAUGUCGUUCGUAGAGGGCUACGCCGAUCAACCACACCAGCACCAACAAUACGACCAGCAAUCUUCUGGUGGAGAAGAAGUAGGUUGGUAUAUUCUCGGUGAAAAUCAGCAACAUGUUGGACCUUAUGCUGUUUCUGAGCUACGUGAGCAUUUCUUGAAUGGAUAUCUCUCAGAAGCUUCACUUGUAUGGGCUGAAGGAAGAGCUGAAUGGCAGCCAUUUUCGUCCGUACCUGAAUUGCUUUCAGUAAUUUCUGAACAGAGAUCUGAUUCCUCUAUAGUAGUUGAGGAGGCUUACCAUAAUAUAUUUUGGCCAGCAGCUGUCAACAAUGAUAGUGUGUUGGAGAACCCGGGUGAAGUUAGAGAGGAGGAUGAAGGCAUUGUUGGCUUGCGAAAUGGAUCUCAAUCUGGCAAUAAACCAAAAUCUGAUAGCUCUUUUGCAGAGCCCUCCAAUGAUAAUGAGGAUGAGUUCGAGAAGUGGCAGAGGGAGAUAGCAGAGGCGGAAGCUGAAGCUGCGGCUCUUAUUGAAAGACGUCAGUCACCACCAGAUGGCGAGGAAGAAUUUACGGAUGAUGAUGGUACUACGUACAAGUGGGAUAAAGGUCUUACAGCAUGGGUUCCUCAGGAAAGCACUUCAAGCAUGACUGGGCAAUAUGGCUUAGAAGAAAUGACCUUCUUGCAAGAUGAGGAAGUUUUUUCAACUUUGGAUAUUAAGACUGCAGCCUCCAGGGAGGAAGUUAAUGGUAAUGGUGAAGGUGAAAAACUGGGAUUAAAACAUAAUGGCAAAAGGAAGCUGGAAGACAUGCAAGCUGAUAAGAAAGAGACAUUAACGGAUAAAAACACAGAAGCUGACAAGAAAGACAAGGAAGAUAAGAAGGAACCCAAUAAGCCGCCGGAUAGUUGGUUUGAAUUGAAAGUCAACACACAUGUAUAUGUUACUGGGUUGCCUGAGGAUGUCACAUCUGAAGAAGUGGUGGAGGUAUUUUCCAAGUGUGGGAUAAUCAAAGAGGAUCCUGAAACAAAAAAACCCCGUGUGAAGAUCUAUGUUGAUAAAGAGACAGGAAGAACAAAGGGGGACGCAUUAGUUACAUUUUUGAAGGAACCUUCAGUUGAUCUGGCUUUGAAAAUUUUGGACGGUGCACCUUUUCGUCCUGGUGGCACAAUCCCUAUGUCUGUCAGCCAAGCCAAAUUUGCGCAGAAAGGGGAGAGGUUUAUACCCAAACAAGCUGAUAACAAGAAGAAAAAGAAGCUAAAACGGGUUGAAGAGAAGAUACUUGGUUGGGGUGGCCGUGAUGAUGCAAAGGUGUCAAUGCCAGCAACUGUUGUUCUUCGUUACAUGUUCACUCUUGCUGAAAUGAGGGCCGAUGAGGUUUUACGUUCAGAGCUGGAAGUGGAUGUUAAAGAGGAAUGUGGAAAGCUUGGCCCAGUUGAUUCAGUCAAGGUGUGUGCAAAUCAUCCUCAGGGUGUUGUCUUGGUAAGAUUCAAGGACAAAAAGGAUGCACAUAAGUGUAUAGAAUUGAAUAAUGGACGAUGGUUUGGUGGUCGACAGAUACAUGCUAGUGUGGAUGACGGAUCAGUUAAUCAUGCUUUGGUGCGGGAUCUUGAUGAAGAUGCUGCACGACUAGAGCAGUUUGGCGCUGAACUUGAAGCCGAGUGAGUUAUUCUAUAAAUUUCAACGACCCUGACCCUGGAUAUAUGUUUAUGAUGCCAAAUUUUGCUCUGGUAGUUAGAGAUUGGUUUGAUUGUCGCUCUAGAAAAUGGCAGAAAAUUGAAAAGCUUUUUAGCUGAUUCCUCCUUGUAAAUUUUAUAUAUAAACCAAAUCGUGUAAUUUAACGUUAGUGAUGCCUUUGUUUCGUUAA